ACAGGCUCCCCACCACUCAGCAGUCAAAGGUACAGACCCCCCAGAGCAACCCGCAGAUACAGGGACGCAGAAACAAGCACAGACUGGACCCAAGAAAGAGCCGCAGUGGCGACAGCAGAUGAGACAAAAACAGCAGCAGCAGCGGCAAGACGGAACCGACAUGCAGCAGCUCAACAGCAGCGGGACUUGGGCUGGCAUGCCAGAGAAGAACGCUGCCAUGCCAUCCACAGGUGCUAGACAGCAGCCUUCUGAGCCUCUUGCAUUGGCCACUCAACCAAGCUCUCUCCCCCGCUACACCCCAACACCGACCCAGCAACCGCAGCCGGCACUGCCAGCCAACACAGCCUGGCAGGAACAGCUGGAGCAAAGCCAGCGAGAGCUGGACGAAGCCUUGAAAAAGCAGCAGGCACAGUGGGCAAGCCAGCAGCAGGCUUUACAGCAGCAGCUGCAACAGCAGCAGCAGCAGCAGGCCAUGCAGCAGCAACAACAAGCGAUGCAGCAGCAACUACAGAUGCAGGAGGCUCUGCUGAAGGCUCAGGCGGCGCCCUCCCCGGCCACGCUGCACGCACCGGGCGCUAGUCCACUCACGAUACCCGGCCUGACGAGCUUCGGGCUGGAGGGGAAGAUCCACCAGUUGGAAGCUGAGAAGCGCCGUCUGGAAGCCGAGUUGCUGGUCGCGCAGCAAGCGCAACACCAGCAGAAAACGGCAAUGGAAAACGCCCACAAAGACUACACUCAGCUUCUGGAGGAGUCGGCCGGCCGGCGCGAGACCAGACUCCGUCAAGAGCAUGCGGCAGCACUGCAGCAGUACGAACAGCGGCUCAAGCAGCUGCAGGAGGACCAGGCCGCCCAGCAGCAGCAACAGCAGCAGCGAGUGCAGCAGCUGAACGCAGAGCACAGCGGCCAACUGCAGCAGCUUCAGCAGACUCACAGGCUUGCCAUGGAUGCUGUCCAGCAGCAGCAUGAACAGCAACUGCAGCAGGUGCAGCUUGCCGUGCAACGAGAGAUGGAAGCGCUCCGCAGCACACAGACACACAGCAAAUCCCUGCAGGCUGUGGUUGAUCAGGUGCAGUCGGCCAGCAAGGAGCUGGGCAGCCUACAGAGCCAGGUACAGGGCCAACACCACAGCCAGCUUGAACAACGCUCCGUGGAGCUCAAAGAGAAAGACCAGCAGCUGCAAGUCAUGGAGAAGCGUUUGUCUGACAAGCAAGAUGAGAUGAACCAGGAGAGGGCCAGGCUAGAAGCAUUGGUCAGCCGACUGGAGGCCCACAUCCGUCAGCAAAACUCUCAGCUGGACGAGGAGAGAUUCCGUCUCCGCCAAGAGCAGAGUAAGUUGAGCAGCCUUCAGAGAGCUGUUGAGGAGGAGCGUAAGCUAGCGGGAGAGCAGCUGGCCUCCCAACAGGCUUCACUGCAACGGGCCAAGGAUGCAAUUCUGGGUGAUCAGAAGACCAUCAUGGCGCAAUGUCUAGAGGAACGUAAGGCCCUCGCGGCUGAGCGUGCCCAAGUUGCUGCCACCAGGAGACAGCUAGAGGCGUCCCUCCAGGAACAGGCCAACAAAGCUAUGCAGGUCGGGGCGGAGCAGGAAGGCAAGCUGGAGAGCCUGGCCGCCGAGCGCAGCCAGCUGACAGCCCAGGGUGCCUCGUUGCAGCAACAGCAGCAGGCCCUGCAGCAGGAGAAGCUGCAGCUGGGGCAGCGGCGGCAGGAGCUGGACGGCGAGCAGCGCCGGUUGCAGCAGCUGGCCGAAACGCUGCGGCAGCGCUCCCAACAGAUCCAGGAGGCCGUCGCAGAGGGUGUCCAGGCCAGGGAGGAGGGUCAGUCGGCCCUGCAAGCAGCCAAGACAAUCGAAGCUGACCAGGCCACCAGAGACAUGAAUCUACAGGCUCAGCUUCAGACAUUACGGGCGACUCAGAGACAAAUUGCCCAGGAGCGUUUGGAUCUUGCUCGUGAACAGAGGAACCUCGAGCGUCUGAAGGGGUCACUGCGUUGCCAGAUGUGUGGUGGUCCUGCAGCACCCCCUAAAUCACCAGCCUGGUCUACCAACAACAACGUCCUCCUCAACACGCCUCACCUCAGUCGGUCCAUGCAGCUCGGCAGUGAUGACAGCCCCUACCCAGAGAGGGAGAUGGCCCCCUCCAGAGCCCUGACCACAAAAGACGUUGACGCUCUCCUGUCACAGGCCGAGCUGGGCCACAGCCUGAGAAUGUGGAAAGUGGAAGCAGAGAAGGACAAGGAAUUCUUGGAAGAGGAAAGUAUCUUCCUGGAGACCUUGAAGACGCCCCUGCCUGCUGGGUAUGUGCAGAAGGCGUGAGGGUGUAACAGGCAUAGACUCCCCUUGAAUGAUGCAGCCAGAGGCUACAUACCGUGUACUUUGUUAUAUUGGAAAGCUGAAAGAAGUUGCACAAGAAGACACCGACUGUCUUUGUCUUCGAGAUCAGCACUGGUUCCAAUUAACCCAGAAAGACCCCCAGGUAAGGGUUGGAAUGGAAGUACGAAUGAUUUCAAAAGCUUUUUUCCCAGCAUCCAAUGUUGUAUUUUUCUCAGGGUUUAGCUUUUGCGUAGCUUAUCUGAGAAAGGUGUUUCAGUAAUGUUUCAAUUUGGUAAACAAGCCACUCUGGACUUCGCAUUUUACUUUUUGGUUUGACUUGUGUUUACUAUACAAAAUAGGUAGCAUAAGAUUCAUGAUACAUAUGGAUGUUUCAUGCAACUGUACAUAAGUGUACUGUAUUCGUUAAUGCCUGUUAAUUUCUAUUCACUAUUUAAAGUUUCAUUGUGUAGACUAAUCCGAUUUGACGCCAUAACUACGGUGGCGCCGCACUCACACGCACAUUCUUCAGCUUGACGCGAGCGUGCACUGACUAAUCACGACAUCCUAUUGGUCAAAGAGGCGUGGAAUGCGCGCGUACCACCUGUCCACGAGCGUUGCACCACCGUAGUAAUGGCUUCUAAUUCCGGUUGUCGAAUUACAGUAUAGCUUUGCUCUUAUGUAAUAUUUAUUAUUUUCCAUAAUCAAAAUCUUUUACCCUUAAUAUAAUUGCACAUUAAAAUAUGAGAAAUCCGUCCUUCAAAAAACCAGUUGUGUAUGAUAUGAAUUUACAUGUAUGUAGUCUCAACAG